AUGGACCUCCUUCGCAGGAGGCAAGGUGACACGAUGCCGUUCCAUGCCCAACAGUCUGGUGAAUCUGAUACCGCCAUAACGCGAGCCACGUCGAUUCCGAGCUCGCCAACAAGUUCCGAAGGGAGCAAGACAGCCGAUUUCUUGCGGUACAUGAAAGACAGGGCAAGAAGGCCGUUCAGUCGUGACUCGCCGCCUCUGAGUAUGACCCCAAUGGAACCACCAGGGGGCGGUCAGCACGGCAGGAGGCCUUCCAAGUCCCUGGCCCAGUCAGCCGCAUUUGAGCUUCUUAGUCGGCGAAACUCGGGGUUCUCGGACGACCGCAGCAGCGUGUCCAGGACACCCACGACCCUUAGCACGAGUUCCGUGUCGAGUGUCGACUGGCGAUCCCAGAGAGUAGAAGGAUUUGCCCAGCUGGAGCCAGACUCUCAUCUCUCGAGACACAAGACGCCUCAUAUCGUCGUUACGUCGGGUUACAUCGUGAAGGUGAGGAGGCACUCUGACGCCAUAGUGCUGUUCCCACAGCUGGCAAAAGAGGCACCUCCGGGCAUCCCAGAAAGCGCUCCAGAGCCCCUUCUUGUAAUACCCAUCGGUGCAGUCGUCUCUGUUUUCGCCACUGAAAGUGCUCGAUACCCGUUCGGCUUUGAGGUCUGGUGGCAAAGCCAUAAUACGACGAGGUUUCGACAUGCCUGCUUCUUCUUUCCCCUUCUGGUGGAGAGAGAGGAGCAGAUGGACCGCAUUUCAAACGCUAUUCGGGCAAACAACGAUGGAUCGAAAGACCUUCCCAGGUACCCCUGGGAGGUUGAGGGUCCCAUCCGGAGACUAUUCGCUGCUGAAGAGCCGAAAUAUCAACAUCACAGGCUCGAAAUAUUCCCCGUGGUCCCGAGAGGCGCGACUCGGAAGAACAGCUUACCCAAGAGCGACGAUAAAUCACCCAAGUCUCUCGAGGGACAUUCAUUCUAUCUUGCCAUUGGAGCUAAUCUCUGCUUCUAUAUUGAGAUAUGCAAGGGCACAAAUAAGCGGGGAGAAGUCUCGAUGAAACAUUCCAGCUUUGGCCUCAUUACCUUGGAACGUUUCCAAGGGGACUGGGCGCCGCAGCAAGAGGAAUUCAACAUCACAUUUCGGGACCCCUUCAAAGCCCCUGUGACCCUGGAGCUCGCGAGCCGAUAUUAUCGACAAAUCAUCCGCGUCUUUGGCAAAGCCGAUAGAUGUCUCAAACCGGCGUGGCCGCAGACUUGGCAGAACCUGGAGAUCUUCCGCAUAUCUGAGCUUAAGGAGCCUCAGUAUCUCGUUCCCCGUGGGAACUAUGGCAGCGUUCACAGGACUCUUGAUGCCUAUACUGCGGCAUAUCGCUGCAAGCCCGUUGACUGGGAAGUCAACUGGAGAACGCAAUUCGCUCCUGAAUUCCGACUGCUCCCUUCCAAAGAUGGCGCCCGCUACUCGCACAUGCAGCUCUUGGCGGUGCUUAGAGCGCUGAGGUAUAAUGACUAUUUCAGAUCUCUGUCUUUCCGCGAUGUCGAUCUAUCCGUCCUGUUCAACUGCUUCGACCGGUAUUCCAGGAGAAGCGGCGUAGCUUAUCUUAGUCGGAGCUGUGUUGCCCUUGGAGCCGACGAGAUCGAAGCUCUGCAUCUUAGCCCCGUCCUUCAAAAUGAGUUUCACGCCCUAGCUUUCUGUGCCGAAACAAUCCGGCAAAUCGACUUCAGCAACACGUUCAGGGCCUUCCCAGCACGAGCGAAGAACACUACCGACGCGCUUCUCAGUGUGCAGUUCCUUCCCCCGAUAUUGAACCUGCUUGAAUCGACCUCGGCCAAAUGCAACAACCUAAUACUGAGCGGAAACGCGCUUGGGCGGGCUGAUGUUACACACUUGGUUGAUAGCCUGAAGAUGGGACGGCUCCAGGGAUUAGACGUUUCUCGGUGCGGCCUGUCCGACAUGGACCUCCGGGACCUAUUUGAAGCCAUCGGAUACAAUGCCCACCCAGUCCAGUUGCUGGAUAUCUCGGGGAACUUGGGCCGCAUCCCUGCAACGAUGUUACCAAACACGAUCGGCCUUUUCAUGGAGUUAAGGGAACUGAAUCUCUACGGGACUCUCUUGGGUGCUGUUCAGGGGCCGUUGCUUCCAUUCGAGGCUCUGGAUAAUCUGGUUCAUCUCCAAGAACUGGAUAUUUCUCACUCCAAGGUCAACGAGGCUACUCUUUAUGACCUCGAAAGGUACUUACUGCACAGGACGUGGAGACUUGAAAGCGACGAGGGGGCGGUAUCGAACUUUCGGAGGUUAGUGCUAAACAACUGCGGCAUAACCGGGAAAGAAGCGUCCAAACUGUUCAAUGCCAUUGGAGAGGACCAUGGACUCCACAUGUUCCUGAGCGGGAACCCACUGGAGGACGGCAUUGGCUACCUGGCCCACGCCAUACAACACAGCCGGGGCCCCGCGGGCCUUCACAUGGACAUGAUAGAGUUCAGGGACGAGAGGAACUAUGCUCUUCUCAUGAAUGCCCUCACCGUCACGGAACACCUCUCUCUCCUCAGCCUAGUGGGCACGGCCCCAACGCCUUCUCCGAACGUACCUUGCAGCGAAGAGACCUUGCGAACAGUGGAGGAUUUCUUCUCACGAAACAAAUCCGUCUCCUACCUCGACCUGUCAGGCUAUUGCGGGAAGCUUGACGAAGGCCAGCUCGCGAAGGGGUUUGGCCAUGCCUUGCAGGGCCUGGCCAGGAACGAGACCCUGACACACCUCUGGAUCCGCAACCAGAACCUCCACGAAGACGUGGGCACCCUGGGAACCGUCCUCCGCCAGAACCGGACCCUGAUGAUGUUUGACUGCCAAGGUAAUGGCUUCAACCUCACGAGUCUGCAAUUCCUGGUCCAGGCUCUCAAGGACAACUGCUCCAUCGUCGAGUUCCCCCUGUCCCCGGGCGAGAGAGACCGCAUCUGGCAGCGAGUCCUCGUCGGCUGGCAGCAACACCCAGAGCAGAAAUCGACGUUGAGGCUUGCGAAGAAUCGACCGAGUGAUCAGGAGAGCGCGCUCAGGAAGGCGUUUGAACAGAACCUCGCCGAACUGGACGGCUACCUGGACCGUAACCUGAGUGCGCAGGAACAAGGUGCUAGUGACGAGACAUGGAAUCCAGGCACCUCAUCUCUAGGCAAAGGGAGCAGAGGUCGCUGGCCGAUGGAGCUACAGACGACGACGACGACGACGACGACGACGGCAGGGAAAGACGCGAGUCGUCGUCCGGAGGAGAAAACAGCGGCAGGAACCGCGCGGCGUAGGGGAACGGUCCGCUCGUCAGCCAUCUCGAUCAACACGUCGGACUCGACCCCGUACCACGUCCGCCCGGAGGAGGGCAUGGAGAGCCCCACCGAUACGGUCGGCUCCGCGUCGGUGACGCCUCCCGAGCCGGCGGGCCCGGGCACGCCUGAGGAUCUGAUCUUCCAGAGAGUGAUGCAGAAUCUUAAAGAGAAUGAGUACGGCGAUGUGUAA